AACAACUCUAUUAUUCCAUCAUCCUCUUCUGUUCUUUGGUUGAUCGGUCGGUCGGUCACAUUUUUGUUUCCGGCGAAAAGGGGAUCAACUUUUCUCUACUCUAAUUUGACUUUCUCAAGAACACCGAUCCGUGCGUGCCGUAUCCAUGGCUUCUCGUAGGCGUAUGCUUCUCAAGGUUAUAAUCCUCGGAGACAGCGGGGUAGGGAAGACGUCUCUGAUGAAUCAGUAUGUGAAUCGUAAGUUCAGCAACCAAUAUAAGGCUACCAUUGGUGCUGAUUUCCUGACUAAAGAAGUUCAGUUUGAAGAUAGAUUGUUCACUUUGCAGAUAUGGGACACAGCAGGACAAGAAAGGUUUCAAAGCCUUGGUGUGGCUUUCUACAGAGGAGCAGACUGUUGUGUUCUCGUGUACGAUGUUAAUGUGAUGAAAUCGUUUGAAAACCUUAACAACUGGCGGGAAGAAUUUCUGCUUCAAGCCAGUCCACAUGACCCUGAGAACUUUCCGUUUGUUGUCUUGGGAAACAAGAUAGAUGUAGAUGGCGGUAACAGCAGGGUGGUUUCAGAGAAGAAAGCAAGGGCAUGGUGUGCUUCGAAGGGAAACAUACCCUACUUCGAGACAUCUGCAAAAGAAGGUUUCAAUGUGGAAGCUGCUUUCGAGUGUAUAGCCAAAAACGCUCUAAAAAAUGAACCUGAAGAAGAACUAUAUAUGCCUGAUACAAUUGAUGUCGGAGGCGGAGGAAUGCAGGCAAGAUCCACUGGUUGUGAAUGCUAAAGAAAACUGCUCGAUUCCAUUUUAUUGUGCAGUGUUACGUCUAUCUUAAUGACUUAUUAUUUGUUAUUAUAACCUCGAUCUGUAUCCCGAUCCCUCUGUUAUUAUUCAGAACAAAAAUUGUUUCUUUGUUCGGCUUCUUUCUCAUUUGAUUUCCAUUUUCCAUGAUGUAUUCUUUCAGUUUGUGGUUUAAAGCUGAACAUUUUGCUAUACUACAAAUUUUCUCUAAAAUCUUCCAGUCUUCAUGUAAUUUGAUUGUUUUUUAUUCGUCGAUAUUCUUAUUUUUAAUGCAUUUUCCCCAAUUUUCUUGAUUA